GAUGCCCCAGGGCCCGGCUGAUGCAGAGCUUCAAGGAGUCGCACUCCCACGAGUCCCUGCUGAGUCCCAGCAGCGCGGCCGAGGCGCUGGAGCUCAACCUGGAUGAGGACUCCAUCAUCAAAGCGGUCCACAGCAGCAUCCUGGGUCAGGAAUUCUGCUUCGAGGUGACCACGGCCUCGGGGACCAAGUGCUUCGCCUGUCGCUCGGCCGCCGAGAGGGACAAGUGGAUCGAGAACCUGCAAAGGGCGGUGAAGCCCAACAAGGACAACAGCCGGCGGGUGGACAACGUCCUGAAGCUGUGGGUGAUCGAGGCGCGAGACCUUCCCCCCAAGAAACGCUACUACUGCGAGCUGUGCCUGGACGACAUGCUCUACGCCCGCACCACCAGCAAAGCGCGCACCGACAACGUCUUCUGGGGAGAACAUUUUGAAUUCAACAACCUGCCGGCCGUCCGUACCAUCCGCCUGCACCUCUACAAGGACACCGACAAGAAACGUAAGAAGGACAAGAGUAACUACGUAGGGAUGGUGAGCAUCCCCAUCGCCAGCGUCACCGGGCGGCACUUCGCCGAGCAGUGGUACCCGCUCAGCCAACCCAGCGGCAGCAAGAGCAAGGCGGGUUGUCCGGCUCUACGGGUGAAGAGCCGCUUCCAGACCAUGAGCAUCCUCCCCAUGGAGCUCUACAAGGAGUUCGCCGAGUACGUCACCAACAAUUACCGGAUGCUCUGCGCCGUCUUGGAGCCCGUGCUCAGCGUGAAGAGCAAGGAGGAGGUGGCCUGCGCCUUGGUGCAUAUCUUGCAGAGCACCGGCAAGGCUAAGGACUUCCUGUCGGACAUGGCCAUGACGGAGGUGGAUCGCUUCAUGGACCGGGAGCACCUGAUCUUCCGGGAAAACACCCUCGCCACGAAAGCCAUAGAGGAGUACCUGAAACUCAUCGGCCAGAAAUACCUCAAGGAUGCCAUCGGCGAGUUCAUCCGGGCGCUGUAUGAGUCGGAGGAGAACUGCGAGGUCGACCCCAUGAAGUGUUCGGCCUCCACCUUGGCCGACCACCAGGCCAACCUCCGCAUGUGCUGCGAGCUCGCCCUCUGCAAGGUGGUCAACUCGCACUGCGUGUUCCCACGGGAGCUGAAGGAGGUCUUCGCCUCGUGGCGGCUGCGAUGCGCCGAGCGGGGCCGCGAGGACAUCGCCGACCGGUUGAUCAGCGCCUCACUCUUCCUGCGGUUCCUCUGCCCCGCCGUGAUGUCCCCCAGCCUCUUCGGCCUCAUGCAGGAGUACCCCGACGAGCAGACCGCCCGCACCCUCACCCUCAUCGCCAAGGUCAUCCAGAACCUGGCCAACUUCACCAAGUUUGGCAGCAAGGAGGAGUACAUGGCCUUCAUGAACGAGUUCCUGGAGCUUGAGUGGACCAGCAUGCAACAGUUCCUCUACGAGAUCUCCAACCUGGACACCCUCACCAACAGCACCAGCUUCGAGGGCUACAUCGACCUGGGCCGCGAGCUCUCCACCCUGCACGCCCUCCUCUGGGAGGUCAUGUCCCAGCUCAGCAAGGAGGCCCUGCUGAAGCUGGGCCCGCUGCCCCGGCUGCUGACGGACAUCAGCGUGGCCCUGCGCAACCCCCACCUGCAGCGGCAGCCGAGCCAGGGGGAGCGGCUGCCCCCCAAGGGGCUGGUGCUGCGGGGGCCCUCGGCCGACCUCCAGCCCUACCUCGUCCGCGACCUCAACAGCUCCGUUGACCUCCAGUCCUACAUGGUGCGAGGCCUCAACAGCUCCAUGGAGGUGCCCCGCCUGCCCUCCCCGCCGCAGGAGAAGGGGCCGCAGGAGGUGCUGGUGCUGAGCCGUCCCCCCCUGGCCCGCUCCUCUCCCGCCUACUGCACCAGCAGCUCCGACCUGACGGAGCCCGAGGGGGGCCGGGGGGCUCUGGGGGUGGGCAAGAGCGUCUCCAUGUUGGACCUUCAAGACGGCCGCGUUGACAGCGUCCCUAGUUUGCCCGCCGAGCUGCUCGCCGCCGGUGGUCCGGCCCCGGGAGGGGCUGGAGGGGGGCUGCGUCCCGGCCGCCUCUCGCAGGGCAGCGCCUCCAGCCUGGCCCCCCCUCGCCUGGGGGUACCGGAGCCGGGGGGGCCGCAGUUGCGGGUCCCCCUCUCCUUCCAGAACCCCCUUUUUCAUUUGGCGGCCGACGGACCCUUGCGGGGACCCGAGCCGGGGGGUGAGGGGCCCUUCGCCCCCCCCCUGCACGGGUACAGCAAGAGCGAGGAACUGGCGGCGCCCCCCCCCAAGCACAUCACCCACAGCCACAGCUACAGCGACGAGUUCGCCCGGCCGGGGGGGGACUUCGGCCGGCGGCAGCUCUCCCUCCAGGACAGCCUGGCCCCCCCCCAGAUCACCAUCGGGGCCCCCCCGCCCCCCACCCCUCGGGGGGCGCGGGCGGGGAAAGGGGGGGGACCGGGGCCGGCGGCCCUGGGGGUGCCCUCCAAACCCCGGCCGGCCAGCGGGAACCUGCUGGCGUCCCCCGAACCGUCUUACGGACCCCCCCGCUCCCGGCAGCCCUCCCUGGCUAAGGAGGCGUCGGUGGCCGGGAUGAAGCCGCCGGUCACCAAGCAGGCCUCACAAACGCCGUCGACGCUGAACCCGGUGAUGCCGGCGGCGGAGCGCACGGUGGCCUGGGUGUCCAACAUGCCGCACCUCUCGGCCGACAUCGAGAGCUCCCACAUCGAGCGCGAGGAGUACAAACUCAAGGAGUACUCCAAGUCCAUGGACGAGAGCCGGCUGGACCGGGUGAAGGAGUACGAGGAGGAGAUCCACUCGCUGAAGGAGCGGCUGCACAUGUCCAACCGCAAGCUGGAGGAGUACGAGCGGCGCCUGGUGUCGCAGGAGGAACAGACGAGCCGCAUCCUGCUGCAGUACCAGCACCGCCUGGAGCAGAGCGAGAAGCGCCUGCGGCAGCAGCAGGCGGAGAAGGACUCCCAGAUCAAGAGCAUCAUCGGCAGGCUGAUGCUGGUGGAGCAGGAGCUGCGCAGGGAUCACUUGGGCGCCCACGACCCCCCCGAGGGCCGGCGGCGGCUGCUCGACGCUCAGCUGUCCGUCAGGUAG